AGCCAGCAAUUAAAACAACAAUACAACUUAUUAAUUCAGAAUAUAUAGAUGUUCCUCAAGUAUUAUUUGGAAGAAAUUUGAAAGCAUUUAUUCAUCAAACAACUCCUUUUAAUAAUUCAAUAAUUAAUUACAAUAAUCAUGUGCUUGUUUAUUCAGAUGAAGAUUAUGAUGAUGACUUCUUGUCAGAUAUAUAUGAAUAUGCAUCCAUGGUAAUUUAUGAAAUUAAUGUUAGAUUAUCCUUUGAAUUAAAAUUUUUGGUAGAUGUUUUUGGAGUAAAAAAAACUACCAAUGUUAAUGGUUAUAAUGAAAUUUCUCCACUAAUUGGUCAAAAUGAAUACCUGGUUUUAAAACAAUUUAUUCCAUUUUCAAGUGUGGAUUGUGAGAGGGGGUUUAGUGUACAAAACUUAACCAAGUCAAAAUUGCAUAAUUCUCUUGGUACAAAAAUAUUAGACAUGCUUAUGAGACUUAGAGUGGAGAAGGGAGAUAAUCAGAAGAGGUUAGAUGAGUUAUGGGGCGGAGAUGCAGAAAAACGGGAAGGGGAGUUUAAUUAUUUGAUUAACAAGAAAAAGAGGUUGGAGAAAGAGAAGGAAGAUAGGUGGACGUUGUAUGAAGAAACGUUACAUGGUGGGAAAGGAAUGAUGAAAAAAAACAUCUUAUCAGAUCUUGUUAAAUCAUUCUGUGAUUUGAAUAAUUUUAAAUUGUCAAAUGAUCCAAAAAAUCUAGAAAUUAAUCUUCUCCAACCAUUUUGCAUAAAGAUUCUUAUUGAAUCUGGAGAUGCACUAGUUUUCAAAGCAGAAGAAAAGAAGGAUGGUGAUUUUAGUACAGUAAUGGAGGAAUUAAGGGAUAAAAUGAGGAUUGGAACUUGGUAUCAUGUGGAAAUCUUCUCAUAUGGUGCAGUAAAGGAAAGUCUUCAGUUUUUUUCCAUUACUAAAGAUUCCAAUUUAACAUCAAUUUCACCUCUUUAUGAUAUCUCUACAUUUGCUGGUGGUUUUAAGGAUUAUAUUUACAGUGACAUAGAAACUUUACAAGAAGUUUAUGAAAUAAUUAAAUCAUGUGAAUAUGCUGUAAAAGCAUUUUCAAUGCUAGAAGUGCUAGAGGAAAGAUGA